CAGCUCGUUUCCUGGACCGUUUCACUCGCGUCGAGCAGCCGCCUGUCAAACCCGCUGGUGUUCACUUCAGAGGCACAUUAAAAAGGUGAAAAGUAUCUCCAGAGGGGGAACCACUCAGCAUGGAGUUAGAGUUUAAGGAUGCCUUUUGGGGAGGGAACUUUAUUAGUCACGCUGGCUACGAGGCCAUCAUUCAGAGACUAAACGAUGGUCGGCGUACGUGCAAAGACAUUGAGGAUCUGUUCAAAAUGAGGGCAUCUGCCGAGGAGAAAUAUGGCAAAGAACUCGUCGCCAUCUCGCGCAAGGUUGGAGGUUUCUAUGAAAUCUGCACUCUGAGAACGUCUAUUGAUGAAAUGAAAACGCAAAUGGAAAUGAUAGGCAACUUGCAUAUGCAGCUGUCUGGCCUUUUAAAGGAGGAGGCGAAAAGGAUCGAGCAGUUCAGAGAGAAGCAGAAAGAUCAGAGAAAAAAGGUUGAACUCGUCAUGGAGAAAGUCCAGAAGGGCAAAGUGUCCUUCUACAAGAAAACAAUAGAUUCUGCAAGACACUACGAGCAACGCUGCAAGGAGGCGGAUGAGGUCGAGCAAACGGCGGAAAAGAUGAGCAACAAUUCCACAGCCACACCGAAACAGAUCGACAAGCUGAGCAACAAAUCCAAACAAUGCAGGGAAGCUGCAGAGGAGGCGGAGAGGCAAUACAAAUCCAACAUCGAGCAGCUGGACCAGCUCCGUCAAGAGUGGGAAUUAACACAUAGCUACAUGUGUGAGAUGUUUCAGCAGCAGGAAGAGGAGCGCCUGAAGGCCCUGAGGAACGGGUUGUGGGUGCAUUGUAACCACUUGUCCAUGCAAUGCGUGAAAGCCGACGAAUGCUAUGAAGGCGUGAGGAAGAUUCUGGAAAAGUGUGACAUUAUCUCUGACAUGAACUGCUUUGUGGGGAUCAAAGGCACCGGCUCCAACCGUCCCGCUCCCAUUGAAUACCAAAAUUACUACGAAAGGGAUGGCACAGAGGUCCGAAAUGGAAGCACAGGACUUGUAGGCGGAGUCAUGAAAAAGUUUUCAAAUCUCCUCCAAGGGAACUCUUUGGCAGGCUCCAGUAUGAGCAUUCACAAAGAUCCUGGUGCAGACAGUACAGGGGACUAUGAAGACGUCUAUACCACCAUCCCCAAGAUUCACAGCUCCCACCAGGGUGAGCAGUACAAGGCAGUGUAUGAGUAUGUGGCCCAGAGAGACGACGAGCUCUCCAUGUUUGUUGGGGACGCCGUGCUCGUCAUGAAUCAAGGUGAAGACGGCUGGUGGAUGGUGCAGCGCUAUGGCCAAACAGGGCUGGUUCCAGGCACUUACCUUGCCAAAGAAUGAGUUGAGACAAUGGAACUCGGACUUCUCAGUAAUUAUUUGUGAAUAAUGUCGCUUUUAUUUCUCACAUGUAUUAAAAUCUUAAAUAAUACCAUAUUCAUAGUGUAUUUAAUUUAGCAGGGCCUUCCUAAUGAGAGGUGUCCUGACCCGUCUUGUAAAAAUCCCAGCUGCCCUUCUGUAAAAGCCAACAGCAUCAGCUGUUGCACUCGUGUCUGGAGUUUCUGAAACCAAAAUGCCAUAACCCAAGUCACUACACCCCUUUACAAUUUAAUUAUCUUGGGUAUCCGUCGCUACAAACUGGAAAAAAAAAAUAUCCAAAACUGUGCACAUUCCAUGCUGUUGGGCACUGCCUGUGGUGGUCAGCAGGGACAAAAUAGAACUACAAUCCGGAGUAAGCGAAAAGGAUAAAUAUGCGUUACAUAUGGAAAAGGUAACUUACAUAUGGAGAUGAGGAUUGUAAAACGGAGACGUUACUAUUACCGAGUGUUCAUGCUGAAAUUCACUGAAACGUUUCACAAUAUGGUCUAGCGGUCUUUUACACAUAGUGCAAAUUAAAGAGGAAAUCACCCUGUGCACAUCUUCCAUACAGUAGUUUGGUUUGCGUCUAAAAGUGUAAUCGUACAUUCUCAGGUACCAUUGGAAGAAGUUGGACAGCUAUGCGAGGAAAGAAAAAAAUGCAGCUUCAGUGUCUUAAUGUUUGUGUGGUAAUGGAUUCACCAAUGCGUCUGAGCAGGUGAUACUUAAGCGUAGGUGCCUCCUGUGAUGAGGAGCUGGUAGGCGGGAUCGCUUCUUCUGCGACACAGCACGACGCAUGCUGACAACAUCCCCAGAAUCU